GGCAGUAAGGGGGAGUCCGGGAGCUCCUAAGCUGAUUACCACUAAUAACCUCUAUUUAUAGAUUAGAGCCAGCACUUCGCUCAUGGAUUAACAUUGGAACCCACGCCGUCGGACAUUUGAAACUUAUAAAGCCAGACAAUGGAGUUCGGGAAUAUAUUCAUAAAUUUACUCUUAGUGCUUCUGUGUCAUUUUGGAUAUGUAACCAAAGCUGUGCCUAUGAAAUUUUUGUUUCCAUUUGGAGAACAACGUGGGGAUAAGUUCCUGGAGGCCGGGGACGACUUAAGUUCGGACGAAAUACCUCUUACUGUGCCAAUCGUAUUCUACGACAAAACCUACUUCAGUGUUUACGUGAACAACAAUGGACAUUUAUCAUUUGAAUCAGAGUUGCCAGUGUACCAGGCUAAUUUUGUGCUCCCAAAUCGGUUUAAGUUGAUAGCAGCAUUCCUGGCAGAUAUAGACACAACGUAUGCUGGAUCAGUAUAUUACAGAGAAUCUACAGAGACAGCUUUACUGGAAAAGGCUGCUCAAGAUAUCCAGGCUCAUUUUGAAGGCUUUGAAACGUACAUCCCCAGAGCCCUUUUUAUAGCUACAUGGGACAAUGUUGGUUUCUUUAGGUCAAAUGACACUGUGUUAAACACUUUUCAAAUAGCAAUCGCUACUGAUGGGGAGAGUUCCUUUGCCUAUUUUUUCUACCUGGAUGAUGGGAUUAACUGGAUCCGUAGUUCAGGGAAACUCUUACGGGAUGAUCCUCCUGCUCAAGCUGCAUUUGACUCUGGGGAGGGACGUGUUCAUACCAAACUACCCCACUCAGGCUCAGAGGAGGUAGCCAAACUAGCUCAGGAAUCAAAUGUGGGUAUGGAUGGAGUGUGGAUGUACAAGAUUGGCAACACACUGGGAAAAGACAUCAAAGGACCAGGAGAGGGUGAUGGGGAUGUGAUAAUCUUUGACCCUGAUACGGCUUCCCAGAUCUGCCAGAGGGAGGGAACACACCCUCAGUGUCACAGCAGUGCCCGCUGUCUGGAUUUUGAAUUUGGCAUUUGCUGUGCUUGUAUCCCACCCAGCUAUGGCAAUGGACGCAACUGCCUCACAUUUGAAGCACCUCAGAGACUAAAUGGUAAGGUGUUUGGGACCCUCAAUGGUAUCUCCAUUGACAACCUGGACAUGCAUGCCUACGUUGUAACAUCAGAUGGCCGCGCUUACACAGCCAUCAGUCAGGUAACUCCAGAGCUGGGAGCCCUCAUGCUCACACUGAAUACCAUUGGAGGAAUCAUCGGCUGGAUGUUUGCCCUCCCCAGUGGUCCCCUGGCCCGCAACGGCUUUAUGAUCACAGGUGGAGAAUUAAACAGAACUGUGGUCAUUUCCUACCAGAGUGGAGAGGUGGUCACUUUACGUCAGAGAUUCUUUGGUCAAGAUACGCUUGACCAGACAGGUCUGGAGACACAUAUCAGUGGAGUUGUCCCAGAAGUGGUGAAUGGUGGCAAGGUCACCGUCGGGGACUACAAGGAGGAGUAUGUUCACACUGAACGAGGUCUGAUCACCUCCUCUUCCACGCGGACAUACCUUGUGGAUGAUGUUGCGUACCAGUACACUUGGAAUCAGACGAUCAUGUUUAACGAGUGUAUCUAUGACCCUCAGCCACUGCGUGACACAAUGAGGCUUAGCAGCAAGCGCAACAGAGUUAUUUAUGACAACCUCAAUGAAAUUCUGCGAUAUGCUAUGACUAACCAGAUAGGUGCACUUACUGGGUCCGACCCAUGCCGUAAUGCAGAGGAGGUGUGUGGCCAGCACUCUGAGUGUAUACCCGAUGGAUCAUCCUUUAUCUGCUCAUGUCUGUCAGGAUUUCAGGAAGAUGGUGGUUCUUGUCAAGAUAUUGACGAGUGUAAUAUUUACUCUGACCUCUGUGAUGUAAAUGCACGCUGUUACAAUGUGCCAGGCAGUUUCCAGUGUCAGUGUGCACCUGGUUACCGUGGGGAUGGACGAAUUUGUACACGUGAAGUCCAGAUGUGUGGAAGUGACAUUUGUCACGAGAAUGGCCGCUGUGUAUACAACAGCGACUUAGGAAAGCCAAUGUGUGAAUGUCGUCAGGGAUAUCGUGGUGAUGGAGUCACCUACUGCUCUGCUGAAUUCAACUGUAAUGAGGUUGAUGUAUGUCAUCAGGAUGCCGAGUGUGUUUAUGAUGACCAAGAGGACAAGUACAUCUGUGAAUGUAACGAGGGAUACAGUGGGGACGGCACUGUGUGUGAGCAGUACGGCAUAGACUCUGAUUGCAGUCUGUGCAGUGAAGAUGCACAAUGUUUGUUUGACCCUAGCAGAUUGGUGCGAUACUGUCAGUGUAACCAGGGAUACUCUGGGGACGGCCAAACAUGUACUCCUAUCACUGUACCAGAUCAGUGUGCCGACUGCCACCAAAACGCUAGGUGUGUGUAUGACGAUGCAGCGCGCCAGUACACCUGUCAGUGUUCCACAGGAUACACAGGAGAUGGUUUUUACUGCGCCCAGAUGGAUUGUCGCACCCAACAGAACUGCCAUAUGUAUGCUGAUUGUUUCAAUGACACGAUUUUCGGGAGUUUUCGGUGUCUCUGUAGGAAUGGCUACUCGGGUGACGGAAUUGUAUGUGAACCUGAUGAUUGUAGCGUGGCCAGGAACUGUGACUACAAUGCUCAGUGUGUUCCCGACCCUCGUGUUGAUAGUCGAUACAUGUGUCGCUGUAACCCUGGAUACGAAGGCGAUGGCAUGACGUGCAGACAGACAGUGACUCCCUGUAACCAAGUGUUUAACUGCGGACAGAAUGCUGAGUGUGUGUACAGUCCAGAUGACUUGUCCUACAGGUGUCGCUGUUCCUCUGGUUACGAAGGCAAUGGCCAAACAUGCAGACCAAGAGGUAACAACUGUCGGAGGGACCCCCGGGUCUGUGACCCGAAUGCUGCCUGUGUUCUCAAUGUCGACACAUUCAUCUGUGUUUGUAAUGAGAACUUUAGAGGAGAUGGACUUCGUUGUAUAGCAAUGGAUGAUGACAACAACUACCUUCUGUUUUCACGUGGCUACUCCAUUCAUCGUGUGCCCUAUAUGCCUAAAGAUGAUGACAAAGGAAAAAGGGUACUUUAUAUUCCAGGUCAGCUUGCCAUUGGAAUUGACUCGGACUGUGAGGACAGAACAAUGUACUGGACAGAUGUCAGUAAGGGACAGGUACACCGUGCUAACCUGGACGGAACAGACUCCACCCCUGUCAUCACAGAUUUGAGCUCACCAGAAGGAGUAGCAGUAGACUGGUUGUCAAGGAAUCUGUAUUGGACUGAUUCUGGGCUUGAUGUCAUUUCUGCCUCCAAACUCGAUGGUACCUAUAAAAAGGUUCUCGUCCAGGGGAACCUUGUCAAUCCCAGAGCCAUUGUUCUUGAUCCAUCAAAAGGUAUGAUGUACUGGGCUGACUGGGACCGGGCUGGAGCUAAGAUAGAGAUGGCCUAUAUGGAUGGAGAGGACAGGAAGAUUUUAGUGGACACAGAUCUAGGACUACCUAAUGGUCUCACUAUUGAUUUCCACACUCAACAGGUCUGCUGGGGAGAUGCAGGAGUCAGAAAAAUAGAAUGUAUACGAUCAGAUGGAGUAGGACGGAGGACUGUUGUAGAUGAUGCAGCUUACCCAUUUGACCUGGCACUGGUCAGCAAUAACAUAUACUGGUCAGACUGGACAGUUCCAGGAGUACUAAGGGUCAGUCACAAUGGAGGGGAGGUGGGCGACACAUUAGAUUUACCUGUAGGAGGAAACGGAAAGCUGUACGGCAUUACAGCUGUCAGGGCUUCCUGUCCACGAGCCAUUAAUGCUUGUGCCCGUGACAAUGGAGGAUGCCAGUACCUAUGUCUGCCCACACCCAAUGGAGGUCGCACCUGUGGUUGUCCCGAUGAUGUUGACCCUGCUGACUGUAAUCUGGUGGCUUGAGGAGAUACCCAAGUGUAGAAGGAAGGAAAUCUGAAACAGAUAUGUGAGAUGAGAAUACUGGCUCUUAGCUCCUGCACAGUUGAAGGAGAGAGAAACAGAGGAUGAUCGGACAUAUAACACUUGCUGAAGGCUUCUGAAAAUCUCCUUACUGGACUGACAAUUAAUUUUAGAAUUGCUCAAUUAGCUUACAUGUGUUUAGGAAUGAACAUUCAGACAUAAAAUUUGAAAAUAAGGAUUUGCUUAAUAAUAUAUAAAUUGGCUGUCUAGAAUUUGAAAUAAAGAUUGGAGACUACUUGUUUAAUUAUUCAUUGUUAAACACAAUCAUACGUUUAUAAUGAGAUUGAAAUAUAAAGUUGCAUCUUUUCAUGCUGUAUUUUACUGAAUAUUUUAAGACAGAUUUGUGCUCCUCUCUUUUAGUGCAGCUUGCAUUCCUGUUAACCAGUCUCUCAGUAAAACUGUAACAAAUAAUUUCUCAGUCCCGAUUAUCUCCCCUGUCCUGAUUAUCUCCCAUAUAGGACUGCAUGCUGUAUGAAAACAUUCACAGAUGCAAGUGUUAAAAUUGAUGGUUUAAAAAAAUCCUGCCAAGAUAAUGUGUAAUUGUAUGGAUAUUUUUGUAAGUUUGUAGUUGUAUUUACCAAAGUACAAACAUUGUACAUGUUAUGAUAUCCCACCAUUGUGCCAUUGCUAUGUAAACCUGUUUUCAUGUAUUUUGUAUGUACGUUGUUGGUUUUGAGAUCAAUAGUCAAGUUAUACCGGUAAUUCAGUUUGGAGAAUAAGCUAGGAGGCACUUGUUUUAGUUAUUUUUGUAACCUGUGCAAUGUGGAUUAGUAUAGUUUUUAAUAUUGUAGUAAUACUUCACAUCGUUUGUAUAUUUUAUAUGUGGUAAGUCAGUUGAAUCUAUAAUGAUAAUUGUUUUAAGAGAAAUGUUUGGGAUCAGUACACUGUACUGUUCUCACAUUGUAUAUCAUACUGUGUUGUGAUUAUAUAGAUACUAGAGCACACGCUUCUCUAUCAUGAAGGAUUCCAUGUUAGGCGCCGCAAUGGUUUUGAAAUUUUGUGUAUUUACUUUCCAAGUUACAUCAUAUACAUUGUUUUAUUUCACUCUGGCUAAUCAUUUUUAAGAGAAUUGAAAUGAAACUUUCUUCUAGUCCUUCAUGAAAAUGACAGUUGCUUCCCAUGUAGAUGUUGCCUUGUCCAAGAACUAGUAGGUGGUGCUAUGUUCAAACCUACGAUUCCUUUAAAUUCUUUGCUGUAGAAUUUUUGCUAGUUUCAUUAUUUUGAUUCAGCCUAAUUGUGAUUUUUACUGUAACUGGAUUAAAACUGUAAGCCACACUCUUUUGAAAUUAACAUUAAUUUACAUUUCUUUUUAUGCAAUAUUUAUAAUGGCCAGUAUUUAUAAAUAUUAUGAUAGGUAAAUAUACUCUAAAAGCAUUUAGUUUUAACAAUUGAUGUUUUACUGGUGUCUAGAAUAUCUUUUACUUCUUAAUGUUAGAAUUGCUCAAGCAUACAUAAUUCAAGAUGGUUGAAAAGUUUAUUUUGGUUGAAUUUGCUUUGUAUACUAUCUGGAGAAAAAACCUCACACAAAAAAUCUUUUUAUCCAAUUCAUAUGCUAUGAAGCAUUCUGGAAUCUCUUAUUGAAACUGUAAUGUGUAUCAUAUGUUUCUAAGCAAAAUCAUAUUUGGAUAAUAAAUUUUAGACCAGA